AUGCAAUUUACUCUUGAACCUCACAGCGUACUUACUAGUGCUCCUAAAGUACGUUCCAGCGGAGCUUAACAGCAAAUUACCUGCUUAUUAGCGAGGAGCAACUUAGUUGUCGCUAAAUACAAACAAUUUAUAUCAGCAAGCGACAACGCCGCCUUGUACAAACGCAUGACGCCAUCUACCUCUACUGCUAGGUGGACAGCCGACGAUGUCGUCUGAAUGCCGCCUCACCCUACGGCAGGCAAUUUGAGCUCAUCGCAUUGUAUACUGAACAUAGGAGGGCUGCGUGGCGCCUUGUUGUAGCCUAGCUACGAAGCAAGGUUUAACCAAGGCUCACGACUAUGGAGGCCCUCGCGCUCGUUGUUAAAGCCUCUAGUCGUCAUUCCUUAUUCAAAGGAGUAACUCUGUACAAGCCAACGAACAAGUGGCGUGCCCAGAUAUCUCAUGGAGGCAGAACAGUAACUCUCGGUGACUACGGCACGGAAGAGGAGGCGGCCCGCGUCUUUGACCGCGCCUGCAUAAGCAAAUACGGCGAGCAAGCGACUUGCAACUUUCCGCUGGGCGAUUACACCGCUGAGUGGGACGAACUUAUCGCCACCACCAUCCCGGCGUUGCUCACAAAGUUCAAGGAGGAGCGGCAGCGACGCAAGGCCGCUGCGGGCGGCCAAACGCUGAUGACGAGCCGCGGCGCAGCGACACUGCUGAAUUCGGAUCCAGCAAACGGCGAGCCGCCAUCACCCCCGCUGCCGCCCUCACCAACUCCAGGGGCCGCAGCAUUACCGGGGCAGCCCGCUGGUGUGUCACAGCUAAGGACAACACCGACGGCCGGCCGGCAGCGUAAGGCCGCUUCUCGUGCCGCGCCAGGUGCAGCAGCAGCAGCCUCGGGCGGUCAGGCUGCGGCUGAUGUGGCUGCGGCAGCUGACGUGGCCUCAGUCGGGCCCGCUACCAAGGAUGAAGACCAGCAGGCCAGGUCCAAGCAGCAGCGAAACGCCUCACUCCAGCAACCCGCCGUGCCCGCACCCAGCCCCACCGGCAGUGGCGGCAGCAGCCGCAUGCCCCUGCCGCCGCAUGCGCACCGCGCUCCUGACUCCCCGGGGGAGCUCCCGGUCCUGUCCGGCAGCAGCGGCAGCCCCAGCGGUCCCCUUCCCGGCAGCCCCAGCGCUGCUGGCUCGGAGGGGUCCCAUGCCGCUGUUGCCGCCGCUGCGGAAGGGUACAGCAGUGGCGGCGGCGGCGGCGCUUGCACCUAUCCUGUGGAAGGCGGUGCUGAUGGCAGCUCACUCUUGUCACUACCUAAAUGGCUGGCCGUGCAUUCCAACUAUAAGCCGGAUGCGGUUUGGACAACCGGUAAUUUUGUCCGGCUGCAAGCGAUGGUGGCGGCAGCGGCGCCUGCUCGUGCUGCUGCUGAUGCGUCGCACCGGCAGCAGGAGCGGCUACUGGGACAGCUGUGGUCCAGCAAGCGGAGCCGUCUGGGGGUGGAAGGUGGCGAGGAGGUGCAGCUCCCCGCCACAGCAGCAGGCUCAGAUGGCAACUGUGGUGCCCCACAACGUUCCUCUUCAGACCCACCAUUCGUAGCUGUUGCAGCAGCAGCCUGCAGCAGGUCACAUCAUCCUGCAAAAGGGCACAUCAUCCUGCAGCAGGAAGAGCAGCAGCAACUCCACCACCGCCGACCCAGGGGUCUCAAGCGUUCCCUUCAUGACCUUCUGGUUAGUAACAACCCAGCGUCAAAUACUGGUGGCGACGACGUAAUGGUCUUUUGCGAAGACGCUACGCACGUCUCAUCACCCGCUGUUACAGCCUCAGGUGCAGCGGCUGCGGUAGCAGCAGCAGCAGCAGCCGGGGCUAAGAAGUCCUCCUGCGAACCUUUGGACCUGCGACGGACGCAUGGUCUAAGCCCCGCAAGCGGCGGAAACAGCGGUAAUAUUGGCCACCUGCUGCAUAUGCAGGCAGCUAGCGCCGCCACCGCUGUUGCUGUUGCCGCUGCUGCUGAUAGCAGCAGCAGCAGUGGCCAAGCCUAUUAUCACAACCCGCAGCAGCAGUCCUCUGUGCAGGCAGGCUUUCCCUCCCACAUUCAACAUACCAACAACAAGCGACUGCGCACCUCAUCCGCUGCUGUUAUCAUUGAGACCGCUCAUAAAUGGCCGCAAGCCUGCUAUUCCGCCGGCGGCAUCGGCCGCAUGCAGACACAGAUGGCCCACGCUGCCUCGACAACAGCCCUGCACCUUGGGCCAAGGCAGCGGCUGCAACAGAAGCUUCCCGCAGCAGCAGUGCCGGUUUUGGGUCAGGCCGCAGCAGGCGCCCUCGCACCCGCGGAUGUCGCUGCUGCGCUAGAGGGCGCUUCAGGCCUGGACAACGGGGGCGUGCUGCUGCUAGCGGCUUUGCAGCAGCAGCAACAGCAGACCGGCGCUUCAGCAGCAGCAGCGGAAGCUGCCAGCAGGACGUGUCUGAUGCCUCAGUCGUCAAUGCCGCCAGCACCUGGACGAGUGAAACCCACUUCGGAGGCCGAAGAUCUGGGGGCCGAUGUCCGGGAUGCUUCCGCAGUUUUCCUUGAUCCACCUCACGAGCGUUUGCAGCAAUCCGCACGUGCCCUGCUGCUUGCACACCUUCGUGCCGACGAGCUGCGCAGGCUGCAGCAGCAGCAGCUGUUGCAGGAACAGCAGCAGUACCAACGACAGCAGCAGCAGCGGCGGAGCGAGGAGCAGCAGCAGCAGCAGCAGGAGCUCCAAGAUGCAGUGUCCAGGGUCAUGUCCGCCCUCAGGUUGCCCCCGCCGCUCCGCAAGGGCGACGGCGGAGUGGAUACGGAAGCAGUGGCGCAGGCGCUGACAGCUGCUGCUGCCGCGGCCGCUGAAGCAAGCCAUACCAGCACUGGUGUUACAAACACCAGUAGCGGUAAUGGGAGUAGUCGAGCUCCUAGCAGCCUGCAGCAGGCUCCUCUGCUGGGCCCUGCCAGCCAACGACAGCGUAGCAUGCCUAUUGCCUUGGCCGCCCCCACCUCGGUCGGGUCGCAGGAAGAGCCCAAGAGCAGGCGCAAGGGCGCCCCGCAAGCCCGAGCCUCCUCGGGCACCGCCAACCUAGGUGUUGAGGGCGAUGUUGCCGACGUACUCCACAUGUUGGCUUUCCCUGCUGCCUCCCAACGGCUGCAUCGCCAGCCGCCAUCGCCGUCGCCAUCGCUUCGGCAGCCGCAGCCGCAGCCGCAGCACCAGCAGCUGCAGUUCUUGCCGCAGGAGCAGCUAGACCUGCUACAGCCGCAGCCGCUGCUGCUACAGCAGCUGCUCCUGCCUCAGCAGCUGCAGCAGCCCAGCUGUGAGGCACCUCACGACUUGGACCGGGACGUCUGUUCGGCGGGUCCGCUGCCACGGGAGCAUGAAGGACGCAUGGCUGGGGGUUACGUCGACGACCAUGCAGCAGACAUGCGAAUGCAGCGCACUAGUAGCAGCCGCUCUAGGCCGGCUGCCGCAGCAGGCACAUGGGAUGCGAGCCCGGCGGCUGCAGCGGCGGGCCGCACCCGGCAGCAUCAGCAGCAGCAACAGCUGCGAACCCCGCCGUUCGUAGUGGAUCUGUCCGCACCGGUGGCCUCUACCAUGACACGGAGUCCAUUCGGCGGCAGUGGCACAGCAGCGGCAGCAGCAGCAGCUGCUACCUCUGCGGCAGCGCUGCUACUGCCACUGCAACCACCGCAGCAGCAGCUGCAGCAGCUGCGGCUGGCCCCGCAGCAUGAGCUAAUCAGCCAGCAGGCGUUUGGCAUAGCAGGAGCAUGGGACAUGGUUAGCGCAGGGGAGGGUGGGGUGCAGGUCAGGGGCAGGCAGCAGGGGCGAUGUGACACGAUGCUGCUGCCACCCAAGGCGCGGCAGGGGGCCAACAUCGAAGUGCCGCUGCUGCUCAAUCUGCGCGCCGGACUGCCGCCCAAUCAAAUGCGCGCGAUGCUUUCGGUUGUAGACUAGUCGCUGCUGCGGCUACUGGUGCUGCUUGGGACGAUGGUGAGUUGGUGACGGGUGGUAGACUGGUAGUGUUCUUGGGGUGGGGCUUUCAAGAGCAAUGCGACUUUAAGCGGUUUGUCAGGAGCUGCGGAAGCAUCCGAGGAGCAGGUGCACCGGUAGGCCUGCCUGGCUGAUACCCACAAUUCAUGUCACUAGGUGCGGUGAAGGGGUUGGGGUGGCCCCUGGCGGGUAUGUUCGCAUGAGGGCUUCUUUUGACCGGGUUGAUGUAACGAAAGUGAAGUUGAUGCAUGAAGAUUGUUAUUGAGCAUGUGCUUGUGAUGGGCCAUCACAUGAGGCUUGCUCCGUCACUUUCCGUCAAACUAGAGGUUGCACUGCCCUUAGGAUGUGGUACGCGGGGUGUACGGGUUUACGGGGUCAUGCUACUUUCCACGAAGAUGACGUUCUUCUGGACUACGAAGACCGUAUUUAUCGCUUUAUGGUUGAACACCGCUCGCGCUUUGGGUUAUCGUGACGAAAGCUUGUUGUUACACUCGUAGGGUGGUGUCCGACCCAUGGGUCGCACCGGCGCUUGGAGACCCUUUUGAAAUAGCUGUUACACCUUUGUGCGCAUCAUCUUACGUCUAAUCCAUUAAAUUUAUUCGGAAUGGAGGCUGAGAACUGCCGGAACGUGCCAGCGGACUUGCGGAUGGAUGCAAAUGUUGUUGCCGGGGGUUGCUUCCCAUAUUUCCAUGUUGCAUGCGGCUUGUUUCCGGGUUAUAGGUCAUGACGGGUGGAUCGGUGACCUGCUCUCUUUUGCGGCUUGCCAAGUACUGCUGAUUAAGGGCUACUGCUUCACGUGCGCCAAAUAGCUGGGGACAGGCUGCUUAAUCCUACGGCCCCAUACGGGCGCAUGCCGUACAACUCGCCGUGCAAUUCUGCCAUGGGGCGUGUGUCACAAUGCAUUGACCUUGGAACGGCCGUACGUGGUACGUAUUAUUGUGCGUGUUGUUCAUGUGUCCCGCUUCGUUUGUUACAUCCCCCAAGAUUGGGGCUCUACCACAAGUUGUUGGAAUACCGGGUAACAGGCGCCGUUUCUUUGUCUAGCAACAACCCUCUAAAUGGCAUUGUUUCUUUGUUCGCAAAUAAGUCUGCCUACCUUUUAUGGCCAUCUUAACUUCAUCCUUGUAUUGCUGUACGGCUGUUGGUGCUGGCGCUGACGCUGCCUGACGCUGCCUUGAAAGCGUCGUUUCCCAACUGUUGGUCCGAGCAAGACAUACCGAGCAUGCAGAGGCGCUUCCGCGGCAUGUGUGUGCCGAGGAACACAGAGGUGGUUGAUGAUAAUGAUUGAUGAUGACAACGUUGAGCGCAUGUCGUACGGGACACCGAGGAACGUGUCUUUGUCACCCCUUUCCCCAUCCCUAGUAUGUAAAAACAUCCACAGA